AUGCCUGCGGAAAAUAAGGCAGCGGGGAAGGGGGUGUCCGCGGAGGAGAGACACCGAGAACAGGGAAGAACUUUGCUUGCACUGCUCAAACGACAAGGAGACAGGAAGGCUCAAGACCACGUCUCCACGUCGUUCAGUUCGUCUCUUCCUUGUCCCCUCUCUUCGUCUCUCCCCUCUCUCUCUUCUCUUCCUUCAUCUUCACCGUUCCUUCGUUGUGCCUCUGCCUCGUCGGCUGGUCAAAGCCCACAAGAGCUGCCGGGGUGGUGUAACGGCGCUCGGGAGAGGCGAGAGGAGGAGCCGGGAAUGGCGACAAGUGAAUACGCGGGCCUGGGACGUUGUCGCUGGGGGCAUAAGGCAGUUGAGAACCAACACGAGGGAAAAGCCGUCUCCUUUUUGCGGAAAAGAACCGACGGCUCUUCCUCGCGGGUUGUCCAGAGGAACAAGGUUGAUGGCCGUUCACGGCUGCCUCACGUGUCGCCUCCGUCUGUCGCUUUUCCCGCUACUGUUCCUGACGCCAGAAUCGGCAGCAAGGAGCAACGAGAAUCGGAGGUCCGACCUUUGCAUGCCUCGAUUGAAAAACCCAAAGAGGCGAGUUUCGGCGCUCUCCACGUCGAAACGUCUCCCGCAAAUCUUACAUCUCACCACUGUGACAACGCUUCCUCGCUCUCUUCCUCUGCGUUUUCGCUGUCUCCCUUUGGCUUCACGAAGAAGGAGACAUUUGCCCUCCCCGCUUUUAUGCGGUCUCCAGAUCCGUCAGAAGUUCGCGUGCCUUGCGCGUUUUUGCGGUGUGUUGGGAAGGAGACCGAGGCGAGUGGAGUCGGCGAGAGAAGAGCAGGAAUGGAAGCCAACAAGAGAACAACGUCGAGACAAAAUGUGAUUUACGCCCUCGCUUGA